AUGACGUUUGAAAAAUUUACCUUUGAAAGUCAUACCAGUGAAAAACAUGUAUGUGAACCGGAUAGUAAUCGACAUUUGGUUUUUACUUUGAGGGAAAGCCUGAAACCGCAGAAGAAUUACGUCUUUUACUGUCAGUCCUGUGGUGACAUCAUAGUAAAAGACCGGAAAUUUCUCAGAGUUCUUCCUCUACCAAGUGAAAACUGGAAUGCUUUAGUUGAAGAGUGGUGUUGUCAUCCUAACCCCUUUGCCAGAAGCACUUUGCACCCUAAGCAUGAUGACUGUUUUCUUGGAGACACUUUUUUUCUGUUGAAUUCAGGAAAUGAAUCACAUGUGCCUGAAUCUCCCAUGUGCUGCUCAGAGACUGGACACCAUGCUUCUCAGAGUGGCUCCAACUUGAAAUCAAAGGAAAAUACCAGAGUAAUUUGUAAGCGCUGCAAGACAAUGCUUGGAGAAACAGUAUCAUCAGAUACCAUUAAAUAUUAUGUCACCGAGGUGAUUAUUCGACCAUCUGAGGGAAGUUUCAGCCCAACACCAAGGCCUCAAUUCGUACAGAGCAUGGUUGCUCAGUGUCUUGUGGAAUUGUCCUCUGCUAAAAGCACAUUUAGAUUCACUGUAAAAGGGGAUAAUGGAAAAACCUAUAUUCUGAUAUGGCUUUUAAAUUCUGACACAUUGCUGGUGGAGUCUUUAGGAAGUUCCUCCUCCCACAGUGUUUUUACACUGUUUGGAGAUAUUUUCAUGCCUAGCUCUGGACCAGUGAGGACCUGGAAUGCUGUCAAAGUCCUUUACCAGCCGUGCAUUAAAAGCAGGAAUAAGGACCUUGCUGAUGCAUGGGAAAAUGAUAUGGGAGUUCAUCCUUUAAAGUUUCCAUCAGAAACAUGUUUGGAAUUACUGCUGAUACUGGGUUUGAGUACCACCUCUCUGCCACCUUCACUUCGAUGCAUGAACUCUUUUCAGCCUUGCUGA